AUCGGGCGGCUGUGAGCCCCAGAACUCCAGCGAUUUUCUUCAGUGGGACUGUGUGAGAAAGAGAAAUUCCUAUUUAAAAAAAAGAAGAGAGAAAAGAGAAAAAGGCAGGGAAAAAAAACAAAAAAUUGAAAAGUAAGCCGAGGAUUAAAAACCCCGCAUUUUUUCCACGGGAAAAUCGAUUUAAACCGUCGCCGAAACCCUUUUCCCCCGAUCUCUGCGGGUUUCAACCGUCGGAUUCUGGUCGAACCCGUGGUUUUCUCGACGAAAACAGUGGUGGGCUUGAGGUUUCGGUGAGGUUAAUUUUGAAAGAGUUAGGGUUCCUGCUGCUUGAAUUGUACGGACCUGAGAUUGUUUUGAAGCUGGAGGAGCGGUUCUAAUGGACCGAGAUGUCAUGGCGCCUUUGUUUCUAUGGCUGAUCUUGGUCUUCAGUCCCUUAGCUAGGGUUCGCGCUAAUACGGAAGGUGAUGCAUUGAAUAGCUUACGAAACAGCUUAAGUGAUCCUAAUAAGGUACUGCAAAGUUGGGACCCUACACUGGUCAAUCCAUGUACAUGGUUUCAUGUGACAUGUAACAAUGACAAUAGUGUCAAUAGAGUUGAUCUUGGAAAUGCAAAUUUAUCCGGUACUCUGGUCCCUCAACUUGGCCAGCUAAAGAAUUUGCAAUACCUGGAACUUUAUAGCAACAAUAUAAGUGGGACAAUUCCUAGCAGCCUUGGUAAUUUGACAAACCUGGUGAGCUUGGACUUGUACUUAAACAAUUUCACUGGUCCAAUACCUGACACACUGGGGAAGCUGACAAAUCUACGUUUCCUUCGCCUUAAUAACAACAGUUUGACGGGGAAAAUUCCGCAAUCAUUGACAAGCAUUACAACACUACAAGUUCUGGAUCUGUCAAAUAACAGAUUGUCUGGAGAAGUUCCAUCGAAUGGAUCCUUUUCAUUGUUCACUCCUAUCAGUUUUGGUAAUAACCCUCAACUGUGUGGUCCUGGUACAUCUAAACCUUGUCCCGGUUCUCCUCCAUUUUCCCCGCCCCCUCCAUUUGUUCCUCCAGCGCCACCCACGUCUCCAGGAAGUAGCACCUCUAGUACUGGUGCGAUUGCUGGAGGAGUUGCUGCUGGUGCUGCUCUUUUGUUUGCCGCACCUGCAAUUGGCUUUGCUUGGUGGCGUCGCCGGAAGCCUCAAGAAUACUUUUUUGAUGUCCCAGCUGAAGAAGAUCCAGAAGUUCAUCUGGGCCAGCUUAAAAGGUUCUCUUUACGAGAGCUCCUAGUUGCCACUGAUGGAUUUAGCAACAAGAACAUUCUGGGUAGGGGUGGCUUUGGAAAGGUGUACAAGGGGCGGCUUGCUGAUGGUUCAUUGGUGGCUGUAAAGAGGCUGAAAGAAGAGCGCACGCCAGGUGGAGAACUUCAAUUUCAAACAGAGGUUGAGAUGAUUAGCAUGGCUGUUCACAGAAACCUGCUUCGGCUUCGCGGAUUUUGUAUGACUCCUACAGAAAGGCUGCUUGUAUAUCCUUACAUGGCUAAUGGGAGUGUUGCCUCAUGUUUAAGAGAGCGCACUCCAAAUGAACCUCCCCUUGAUUGGUCAACUCGGAGAAGGAUUGCAUUGGGAUCUGCCCGGGGCCUUUCCUACUUGCAUGAUCAUUGUGAUCCCAAGAUUAUUCACCGUGAUGUCAAAGCUGCAAAUAUUUUAUUAGAUGAAGAGUUUGAGGCGGUUGUAGGGGAUUUUGGCUUGGCCAAACUCAUGGACUACAAGGAUACCCAUGUAACAACUGCUGUGCGUGGAACUAUUGGCCACAUAGCUCCAGAAUAUUUAUCGACGGGGAAGUCUUCAGAGAAAACUGAUGUCUUUGGGUAUGGUAUAAUGCUUUUGGAGCUCAUUACAGGCCAAAGGGCAUUUGAUCUUGCUCGACUUGCAAAUGAUGAUGAUGUUAUGUUGCUUGACUGGGUGAAAGGACUGCUGAAAGAGAAGAAACUGGACAUGCUAGUGGACCCUGAUCUACAGGAAAACUACGCGGAGUCUGAAGUGGAAUCGCUGAUCCAAGUUGCUUUGCUUUGCACACAAGGCUCCCCAGGGGAGCGCCCUAAGAUGUCGGAAGUGGUGAGAAUGUUGGAAGGUGAUGGCCUCGCUGAGAGGUGGGAGGAAUGGCAAAAGGUCGAGGUUUUCCGCCAAGAUCUGGACAUGGCUCAACAUCACAACCCUGAAUGGAUUCUUGACUCUACCGACAAUCUUCCAGCAGUUGAACUAUCUGGCCCGAGAUAAUUUCAAAAGGAAAAAAGAGAAGAAUUUUUUUGCCUUCCUCUUCUAGGAUGCAAUGUGAUGUAUAUUUUGCAAUUUGUGUCAAAAGUCGUCUUUUGUGUAUAUGAAGGUUAGGCGGUUCAAAGUAUCUUCAGAAAUUCUCUGUGAUAUUGUUGAUCAAUUUUUCGAUAAAAUUAUUAGACAAUUGAAGGAUCAAUUGUAACUUUUCAGUUUAGAUGCAUAUAGGUUUGUAUUAUAUAUCCAAGGUAUGAAUCACGCAAAUAGCUCAAUGAGCUAUAAUAUUUACAGAUUUAUGCAAAUCAAUUUUUUUUUUU